AUGACAUACGCCGGAUAUGUCGCACCGCCUGUUGGGGUCAUAGAGGAACACACGCGUAGCGCCAGCAGCCAGGCAUCCAAAGACAAGACUGGUAUCUGGGAAGUGUCUGACAUAAAUCUCUUCAAGCCGGAGCGCUGGCUAAGGCCGACUAACGAGAAAGGCGAAGUCGAGUUCCAGAAGAACGCUGGCCCAAACUUGCAAUUUGGCGCAGGGAUUCGCGGUUGCUUUGGUAUGUUGGACUGCUUCACAAAGAAGAAGAAGAAAGCUUCUGACCAUCUCACAGGACGCCGACUAGCAUACAUCGAACUUCGUAUGCUUAUUGUCUUCAUCAUCUGGAACUUCGAACUCCUCCCAGUACCAGACAAGCUCAGUACUUACCUUGCGGCUGACAAAAUCACCCAUCAGCCUCAGAAGUGUUAUCUUCGCUUGAGAAAGGCUGGCUGGUGA